CUCACUUAACCCGCCACCCAUACGCAUACACCGGAGUCUCAAGGGAAGAACGUUCAUUUGGAGUCUGGCUGGGCGUGGAAGGGCACGUAGCUGCGGACAAGUCGUGGGUUUAGUAAGUCCGCCGCGCCUCUUCCCCAGAUGUUCAUAUCGGCAUAGGCGGGGCGCCAGUUUCUUGGGCUUGAGUGGCAGAGAGUUCGUAGGAAUUAACAUCAUCUUUGAUUGGAGUGAAGAAAUGUACGACGUUGAGUUCGUGAGGUUUUGAUUGGGACUGGAGGUGGUAAGGGACUAGGGAGGACAUCCUUAAGAUUGGCUGAGAGAAGUUCCUUCUAGGGAGUGGCUUAUCUAUCGUUAGCACUCAAUUUGAAGUGAGGACAUCUGAAAGUUUUAUUGGGGAGUGAAAAGGCAUGAACUUGGAAAUUGUAUAGGGAACAAGAAACCCAAGAUGAUUGCUGAGAAACCCGGUUGGAUUAGGCAUGAAGGCAUGCAAAUUUUCUCCAUUGAUAUUCAGCCUGGUGGCCUCAGGUUUGCCACAGGUGGUGGUGAUCAUAAGGUUCGUAUAUGGAACAUGAAAUGUGUUGGGAGGGAACCAGAGAUAGAUGAAUCUAUCCCGAAACUUCUUGCCACUCUGCGUGACCAUUUUGGGUCAGUCAACUGUGUUAGGUGGGCCAAGCAUGGAAGGUAUGUCGCUUCGGGGUCUGAUGAUCAGGUAAUCCUCAUACAUGAGAGGAAACCUGGUUCGGGGACCAGUGAGUUUGGUAGUGGAGAGCCACCCGAUGUUGAGAAUUGGAAAGUUGCCAUGACAUUAAGAGGACACACUGCAGAUGUGGUCGAUCUUAAUUGGUCUCCAGAUGACUCUACAUUGGCCAGUGGAAGCCUGGACAACACAAUUCAUAUAUGGAAUAUGUCGAAUGGAAUCUGCACUGCUGUUCUUAGGGGGCAUUCUAGUCUUGUUAAAGGUGUUGCGUGGGAUCCCAUUGGUUCCUUCAUUGCAAGUCAGUCAGACGACAAGACUGUCGUUAUUUGGCGAACUAAUGACUGGAGCCUUGCUCAUAAAACUGAAGGUCACUGGGCAAAAUCACUUGGAUCUACCUUCUUUAGGCGGCUUGGGUGGUCUCCAUGUGGCCAUUUUAUAACUACAACUCACGGUUUUCAAAAGCCUCGACAUUCUGCCCCUGUUCUAGAAAGGGGGGAAUGGUCUGCAACUUUUGACUUCUUAGGACACAAUGCUCCUAUUAUCGUAGUGAAAUUCAACCACUCUAUGUUUCGGAAGAGUGCCUCUAGUGCUCAGGAAAUGAAAAGUGCAUCUACUGGGUGGUCAAAUGGUUCUUUAAAGUCUGGAGGGAAAAAAUCCCAACCAUACAAUGUUAUUGCCAUAGGAAGUCAGGACCGGACCAUAACUGUGUGGACUACGGCUAGCCCUCGCCCUCUUUUUGUUGCCAAACAUUUCUUUUCUCAAAGUGUUGUGGAUUUAUCUUGGAGCCCUGAUGGAUAUUCCUUGUUUGCAUGUUCUUUGGACGGAUCAGUAGCUACCUUCCACUUUGAUGCAAAUGAACUGGGUAGUAAGCUAUCAGAUGCUGAACUUGAAGAGUUAAAAAAGAGCCGAUAUGGUGAUGUCAGAGGUCGACAGGCAAACUUAGCAGAAAGUCCUGCUCAGUUGUUGCUCGAAGCAGCAUCUGUGAAGCAAACACCCAUUAAAAAAACUUCGGACAAUAUAUCUGCACCUAAUCAAUUAUCUUCAAAAGAUUCUGUUGCUGCAGCAAUUAAGGGUGUUCCCAAAUCUCAAGCUGAUAAUAAUGUGAAGAAGAUGGAACGAGUUAACAGUGAUGGUCCAAACAAAGUAGCUUCGUCCACUACCCACUUGCCAAGUGCCGUGAAACAAAGGGAAUAUAGACGGCCAGAUGGCAGAAAGAGGAUAAUCCCAGAAGCAGUUGGGGUGCCUAUGCAGCAAGAAAACAUAACUACUUCCGAACUCCCAACCAAAUCUUUAGAUGAUGAGAGAGUAACUAUUCAUAACGAUGCUGGUGGUUCCAGAGAGGGGCCUGCCAGGAAAGUUGUGGGCGGGACUGCUGGCCUAAAGGAGAGAUCAGGUGUAACUGCUAGAGCUACUGUGAGCGACAGCCUAGUCAUUGAAAGGGCCCCACAUUCUUCAGGUAAAGAUGGUACUCUUUGUAUAGUAGAACAGAUGGGGGCUGUUAAGGACACAUGUUUUUUGGCUGCGAGUGGUGGUACUCUUUCGGUUAGGGUUUUCGAUAAGAAAGAAGGGGAAGAUGUGAUUCCGUUUUGCUUGGAGGCUCGCUCCAAUGAACAUACUGUCAAUGAUGUUCUAGGUGUGGGGAAUACCUUUGUGAUGAAAGAUACUGAACUGACUUGCACAAAGGGUAUGCAAGUUUUUUGGUCUGAUAAGAUUUCUGGGCAAGUUACUGUUUUAGCUGGAAAUGCCAACUUGUGGGCUGUAGGCUGUGAUGAUGGCUCUGUUCAGAUAUAUACCAAGUGCGGGAGACGUGCAAUGCCAACAAUGAUGCUGGGUUCUGGUGCAGUAUUUAUUGAUUGUGAUGAGUCCUGGAAGUUGUUACUUGUUACAAGGAAGGGAUCAUUGUACCUUUGGGAUUUGUUCACCAGAAAGUGUCUCCUUAAUGAUUCAUUGGCUUCUUUGGUGACUUCAGAUUCAUCCAAUUCAAACACAAACACAAUCAAAGUAAUUUCAGUGAAGAUAUCAAAAUCAGGGUCUCCUUUAGCAGUUUUGGCAACACGACAUGCGUAUCUCUUUGAUAUGAGCCUCAUGUGCUGGCUGAGGGUUGCCGAUGAUUGUUUUCCUGCAUCAAAUUUUGCAAGCUCCUGGAAUUUGGGUUCCUUCCAUGGUGGUGAGCUGGCUGCUUUGCAAGUAGAUGUCAGGAAGUUCCUGGCCAGAAAACCGGGUUGGAGCAGAGUGACAGAUGAUGGAACACAGACACGAGCUCAUUUGGAGGCUCAGCUGGCUUCCGCUCUUGCUUUGGAAUCCUCAAACGAAUAUCGUCAAUGCCUUCUCUCUUAUGUUCGCUUUCUGACAAGAGAGGCAGAUGAAUCUAGAUUGCGAGAAGUUUGUGAGAGCUUUCUUGGGCCUCCAACUGGAAUGGCCGAGGCCUUAUCAUCCCAUACAGAUAAACCUGCCUGGGAACCCAGUGUCCUCGGUAUGAAAAAGCACAAGCUCCUGAGAGAAGAUAUACUUCCUGCAAUGGCAUCCAACCGGAAAGUGCAGCGGCUGCUUCAUGAGUUUAUGGAACUUCUUUCUGAGUAUGAUUUCAGUGAAGUGAACGAUAAUGAUGCAACUGCAAAACCGGUUCCACAUGAGGAUAGAAUGGACACUGAUCCACCCGGAGCAGAAGCAGGGAACGGGCUGUCUCCCUCCCUCAAUCAAGAGAACAUUAAAUCCUCUUCAUCAGCAGCGGGAGAUGGAGUCCGAAGCAACGAGAUGAGUUUGGAUCCGCCGCCUUGUCCUGAUCAGUUGAAUGCAUGCCCACCCCCAAAUGAUAUACGCUCAUGAUCUCUUUCUUUUGUUCAUGUGACAAUGUAAUUUUAUUUUUGUUUUUGAUUUUUUACUAUUAGCUGUAACUAUAUAGAGACAUAGAGUAGGAAAAGGGUUCAUCGGAAUUUUGAUGUAAAGAGCUUUUGUAUCAUCUCUUUCCUGCCUUUUUUUUAUGAAAACUUAAUAUUCAAAUCAUAGUUGAUACACCAACUGAAUCAAUAUUCAUCACAUUAUACAUGGGAUGAAAUCGGUGAAAACAAU